ACAGGGUAGGACAGGGUAGUAACUUCUGGAUACCUCCCUGUGUCAAAUAGCAGCAAUGGGGGCUUUCCUGACCCUGGUGGAGCCAGUAGUGGUGAUUAACACUGUGGGAAGCUCCUUCUUCAGUGUGGCCCUGACACUGGCCGUCUACAAUCGCACCCUGGAGCAGACGUCGGGUCACAGUGACCAAGCUCAAGCGCAGUCCUCCCACUUCUUCCUGAUCCACAACACUCUGGCCUGCUUGCUGUCUCUGGUUUCCACCGUGCCGCUGGGGAGGCUCUCAGACCGCCUGGGGCCGCGCGUCUUGCUGACGGUGCCGCAGGUCGGAUCCGUGUUGAGCAAGUGCUUCCUGCUGCUCUUCCUCCUAUUCCAGCUGCCCCUGGGAGUUCUGUAUGCAGGGGCGGCAGUAUACGGCCUCAGCGGCGGAUCCCCGGCCUACUGGGGAGGGGUGGUGUCCCUGGCUGCCCUCAGCUCAGGCCAGGGUGAGCGCAGCCUCAAGCUCAACAUUGUCGACUUCUGCAGCGGAGUGGCAGGUGUGGUUGGAGGGCUGGUCGCUGGUUACAUCUACCGUGUGGGACAGUCCGGUGUUGCUCUCACCCUCACCAGUGUGGGGCUGUGUUUCGCUGGUCUCCUCUACUCCACCUUCCUUCUCUCCUACCCCGUACCCUCAGUCACCCAGAGGCACAGGCUGCCUCAGGGUGCGAGGCUGCAGGAUCGCAAAGCCGUGGUGCUACUCUUCUCAGCACUCAUGCUCUUCCUGCUGGGCAUGAGCGGUGCGGAGAACGUGUUGUGCCUCUUCGUGCUGAAGCCACCCCUCAGCUGGGACUCGGUGUGGUCCGGCUACGGCAGGGCCGCCACCGACGCCAUGUACCUCAGCAGCUUCCUGGGUGUGCUGCUGCUCUCCCGUCCGCUGGGGGACGUGGCCCUCAUUCUGCUGGGCAUCGUGUCCAACUGCACUGGCAUGGCCAUCAUGGCAUUCGCCACACAGAGCUGGAUCUACUUCCUGGCUCGAGGAAUAAUGAUGUUCGCCUGCAUUCCAAUGCCCACACUCAGAGCACAGCUGUCCAAGAUUCUGGAUGCUCAGAUGUAUGGACGUGUGUUUGGCAUGCUGCAGUCAGCCCUGGCCAUCACGGAGGUUGUGUCUGUCGUGCUCUUCACCUCCAUUUACCCCCUGACCCUAGACUGGUACAGUGGAUUCUGCUUCCUCCUCUCCUGUGCUAUCAGCUACCUAAGUGCUCUGCCUAUUCUUUACCUGAAUUGGAGUUGGACCAGACGAGGAUACCAGGCCAUCCCCGGCACAGACAACACGCAGCACAGUGUUGUUCUGAACCCUGCUGAGAAGCACAUCUGGAGAGAAGCACCCAAGGACCCGGGUUUCUUCAGCUCUUCCUCCUCCUCGAAGCUGUUGCCGUAUAUCGCCUGCAGCUCCUGCUCCAUCUCCAGUUAUCACAGCAGGCUUGCAGCACGUCAUAGGGAGAAAAACAAAUUGGACCGGGUGUACAGUAACGUGAAGGGCGCAUACAAGGCUGCACCCCGACCCCACUUCGGACAGUCUGAUCACAUCUCAGUGUUCCUCUACCCUGCAUACAGACAGCUUCUCAAGCAAGCCCCCCCAGUGAGUAAAAAUGUAAAAGUGUGGUCUGAAGAAUCUGAUGAGGUGCUUCAAGACUGCUUUGACUGCACUGAUUGGAAGGUGUUUAAGAAUGCUGCCAUGCGCGAGGACUGUACUGUUGACCUUGAUGACUACACGUCAGCAGUAACCAGCUCCAUUAGCACCUGCGUCAAGAACACUGUGCCCACCAAACAGAUCCGGACAUACCCCAACCAAAAGCCGUUGAUAAACUGUGAAGUUCGAUCCAUGUUGCGUGCCCGCUCUACUGCAUUCAUCUCAGGCAAUGCCAGUGGCUACGAGAAGGCCAGGUACGAUCUUCGAAGAGCCAUUUGGGCUGCCAAGAAGGGAUACAGACUGAGACUAGAGUGUCAUUACACUACGGCUGACACCCGGCACAUGUGGCAGGGAUUACAGAACAUCGCAGACUAUUGGAACAGAAGCAGGUGUGAGAUCACUGACAGCCGCAUCACACCUGACAAACUCAAUGAAUUCUUUGCCCGUUUCGAGGUCUUCAACAACGAACCACUGGGUAUUAAACUGACUGAUUCUUCCCAGCUAUCCGUGUCAAUGCCAAAUGCCUUUAUGGAUGAUUUGAGCCUGUCCUUGAAUCGCUUCUUCUGA